CAGACCAUGCGAAUCGACGCGCUCUCUAGUGGCAUUAGAAAUCAUCCUCUCAUUGUGAAUAUUGUAGCCACAUUUAUAACACUGCGAUUGUCCUCCUUGUAUAUAGAUUCCGUCUGUACAAUUAUACAUUGCAGAAGUGGUUAUAAUAUAACCUAAAUUUGAUUGUUCUUACAGCUGUGUAAUUUACAAUUAUUUUUAAAUAAUUGCAUUUAAAAGAAAGCGAGCAACUAAGAAAACUCUAAAGUAUAUACUUAAAUUAUGAUAUUAAUGAUUUUAAAAACAUAUAAAAAUAAUAUUUUAUCUUUUGAUUAUAAGUUGUAUCAUAAGUGCAUCACUGACAUACACUUGCAUUUCGAAAUUUGUGAGAGUGUACAGUUUAAUUCUGGAGUGAAUUUUUAAUUCCCUCAGUUUAAGUACCCUAAAUGAGUACCGUGGAGAAUUCACUUCAUGAUCAAGAUCCUGAUUAUACUAUUCCAAUAUCAACGAAUAAAAAUCCAGAAGAAGUUUGCGAAGAAAAUGCUCGUACAACAGCAAGAAAAAUAACUGAGAUUAUUGAGAAAGAAUUUUCACAAGAAAUAGAUACCAAGCAAAAUGAAGUCUUACAAAUUCAAGAAAGAUUACACAAAGCAUUGAAGACUUUACAUUUAUUACGAUACGUUAUCAUUACUGAUUUUUAUAAUCGUAAACAAUGUCAAGCUUCUCAGACUCGAGAAACGCAACAAACCCGUAUCCACCCAGCGAUUAAACAAUUGAUUGGAAAAAGUCCUAAACGGUCGCAUAAUGAUUUUGCUGUUCCAUCUACAUCCACAGAUCCAAGAUUUUUAAAUGGAUAUUCGUAUCCUUCUCCUAAAAGAGCCACAACAACUGAGCAUAAUGUUAUAAAGACUGAAAAUACUACAGAAUCCUCUAAGGAAUGUAAUACAAGUAUGCAGUUUAAAAGCCAAAGCAUUCAAGAUAAUACUCCGUCACAAAAAAAAAUUCCCCGUUAUAUACCACCAAAAAGUGGAUUACCAGAACCGGCGAGUCCUUCUCGAGGUGUUAGACAUAAAGUUAGAAAACGCAUAGUGAUUGGCAAUAUCUCCAAAUGGAUUCCACAAGAUUGGAGAGAAGAUCCUGCAAGUCAUAAAUGGACGAUGUAUGUACAAGGUAGUAAAGAGUUUCCUAAUAUUGAAGAUUUUGUAAGUAAAGUUAGAUUUUUUUUACAUCCAAGUUACAAACCGAAUGAUGUUGUUGAAGUAUCGACUGUUCCAUUUAAUCUCUCAAGAAGAGGUUGGGGUGAAUUUCCGCUACGGGUACAAUUACAUUUUAAAAAUCCAAUUAACAAACCAAUGGAUAUUAUUCAUAAUCUCAAAUUAGAUCGUACAUUUACUGGUCUUCAAACGUUAGGUUCCGAAACUGUAGUUGAUGUAUGGAUUUAUACGAUGGAUCCAAACAUUUUUAUACAAACUGAAAGAGAAAUUUGUGAUAGUUCUAAAGAAGAAAUAAAUUCUUCUAAUGUCAAUGAAGAGCACAAAUUUGAUUCAAUGAUCAUUAAAACACCACAAAAGUCAAGUACUUCGAUUGAUUCUAAUACAAUUACUGUGAAAUCUGAAACAAAUAAUUUAGAAGUUCCUAAUAUAGAUAAGUUAUAUGAUAUGAAAUCACAAAUACAAUUAGAUGUCAUUAAAUCAGAGCCUAUCGAUGAGGUUCCACAAGCAAUGUCAUUUAUGACAAAUGAUAAUACACUUACAUCUAAAUGUAACAAUAACACAAAAAAAUUAGAAAAUAUGAGAUUUUCUGUUACUCACGAUCAUGAUUAUUUAAAUAAUUCUAUUUCUAACGAAACUAACUUAUUUGUAGAAAAUAAUAUAACUAUAAAACAUUCACCCGAUAAUAGUCCAAUUAAGAAAUCCAUUAAUUCGACAGUAGAACAAUCUGGCAAUAAUACAAAUUUGAUAAAGCAAUUUUCUAAUAAUCAGCAUUGCACAUUUAAUGCAAAUACAGAAAAAUUAGUUGAGACGAAUAAAAAUACUUUAUGUCAGAUGAACUUUAAAUCUAAUUUACGUCCAUUACAAAUUUCAAUACCUCCUUCGUUUGAGACAACUGCAGGGAAGCAUAUGUUAAUUUUACAAAAUAAUAAACGUACUUCAACAGAGGCAAAUAAUGCAUGCCCUUCUAAAGUAGAUACUGCCAAAAGUGCUAAAAAUUAUAAUAAAAUUAAUACAAACAAUUGCUUAAGUUAUGGUAAUUCGAAGACGAGUAUACUUAUUCCUAGAGGUACUAGUCUGUUAAAAAAACAAGUCAAACAAACGGGAAAAACAACUACGAAUAAUAAAAAUGAUAAUAAAUAUGCAAUUUUGGAGAUUAAACCAUCGAACAGUCUCUUGUUAAAUUUAAAUUCCAAUGUACCAGCAUUGAAAAUAGCAGAUAACGCUUCUUACAAUACAGUAAAUUUGUAUAAUAAAAACUCUUCACAUUUAGAAACAUCAUCGUUACAGAAAGAUCAAACAUUUACAAAACCAAUUAAUCAUAAUGGUAAAAUAGGAAAAUCGAGAAUCAUUUUGGGUAAAGAUAAAUGGAGACUUCACAGUAAAGAAGAUUUAUACAAAAAAGAUCUUAAAACAAUAGAAACUGCAAAAAUUACAGAUGUAGAAGGUUUAUUACGAUUUAUCAUACGUAGGAUACCUAUUGUUACUCCACAUGCAUCUGAUCCAGAUUACAAACGAUUACAUCCUUAUGCUUGUACCACGGAGAAAGAAUAUUUUAAUCAUAACGUAGGUAAACGUGCAGCUUAUGAAUGGUGGCGAGCAAAAACAGUAAGAUCAUUUUUACGUAAAAAGCUUACUACGGAAGAUAAAUUAUGGUCAGUGAAAGAGAUAAUACUUUGGGCAAGGUUGUAUGGAUACACACCAACGCGUUCUUGUUUUGGCAUAGACGCAACAACAACAACGAGUGGAGCAAAAAGAUUACCAUGUACAGAGAUUUCUGCAACAACAUCAACGUGUACGGAACCAAUAGCAUUUCAAAAGUGGCUUCAAACGUCUUAUGAUGCAUCAAAGAAUUUAACAACAGAUAACGAUGAUUCUCAAGAAGAAGAAGUUGACAUUCUAACUUGUCAGAAUCCUGAAAAUAAUAAAACAACGCAACAAAAUAAAAUUAAAUUUGGCUGUAGUAACGAAGUAGCAAAAUCUAAUACUAUAUCCCUCAAUUUAGAAGAAGAAUUAUUACCGUUGCAUAAUUUUGUUUGUGAGACAACUAGAAAUAUUGGCAUUACAUUAAAACCAGAAGAAAUUUUUCCUAAUGUGCUCCAUUGCAGCGCGAGUCGUGUUAUGAUACGAGCCAUGGAAUGUUUUGUGGAGGAUCUUGUCAGAACGUCUUUAGUGAAAGCUUGGGAAAAGAGUAAUGGCAAAGAGUGUCCACAAACUUUGUCGUUGGAUGACGUGCGUUCUGCUUUGAUGAGUCGAGAGGAGUUUGAUAUUUUUACAAAUGAGGGUUUGGGUUCACGGUAUUCACUUAAUACAGAGGAUUAGUUAUUAUUGCUAUCUGUUUUAGAUAUACACUUUUUUGCAGAAAAAGGUGUAAAAAGAAAGAAUAAGAAUGUUUAUAUUUUGAACACGACCAACAAUAACACAGAUGGAUAUUAAGUAAUAUUUACAGUAUUACGAGUACUAAUACUUGUAUUGUGUUACAAGAGUACAGAGAUUUUUUUUUAAAAAAAAAAAGGGAAAAAAUAUGUAUAUCUAUUAGAAAUAAUUUAAUAUUUAAGCAUUUUGAAAUGAUGCAUCACUGUAUCACUUCUUUGUCACGUACAGAUAAAAUAAUUGUAUUGAUUAAUAAUUGUAAACAUUCACACAGGACUUCCACAGUUAAAUUAUCAAUUUGUAAAUUGUCGAAUUUUUAUAUGACAGACUUGUAGGAAAGAUUACGAAAUUUGAACAUUCUAGCAUUUAAUUUUGUUAUUUUCAUUUUUUUACAUGAAUUUUUUACUCAAAUGAUAAAUAGAACAGAGUUAUGUAAAUAUUAUCUAUAAC